CUUUUGGGUACUUGCACCAUGACUAGAUAUAAUAGACGACACAUGACAGGAGACAAAACCCCAAAAGUGAGAUGGUCAGACUCAAAUAUAGCAUCGAAAACCCUUAAAAGCCAUUGUGACACAAACCCAAUUACAUAAUGUCACACACUAUGCAAGCAUUAUGGAAAAGGAGUCACCUUCAAGAAGCCCUGGGACUUGUCCAGUCCAACUCAACUCACUCAGACCAUUACUAUGGCUUGUACAUGAAGAUUCUGCAACUCUGCAUCGAUGAACGGGUAGAAAGGCCAGGUCUUUUGGUUCACACCCAUGUGAUAACAAAUGGGUUUGCUUCAAGUUUGCAUUUGAACACCAAAUUGAUCAACUUUUACUGCACAUUCGGGCAUGUGGUUAGUGCAGGCAAAGUGUUCGAUAAAAUGCCUGAGAGAAAUGUGGUGUCUUGGACUUCUAUGCUUUCUGGGUAUGCUCAGAGUGGAAGAUAUGAGAAAGCUUUGGGGGUAUUUUUGGAAAUGCGUCGGGCGGGGUUGAGGGCUAAUCAGUUUGGGUAUGGUAGUGCAUUGAAGGCAUGCACUGGUUUGAGGGCUUUGAGAGUAGGGAUGCAGAUACAGGGGUGUGUUUUGAAAGGGAGGUUUGCUGAGAACUUGUUUGUGACAAGUGCAUUAGUUGAUUUACAUGCCAAGUGUGGAAAGAUGGAGGAUGCUUCUAGUGUUUUCGAGGCAAUGUCGGAGAGGGACUUGGUUUCUUGGAAUGCAAUCAUUGGAGGGUAUGCUGUUCAGGGUUUUAGUGAGGACUCGUUGCGAAUGUUUCGAUCAAUGAUGAGAGAAGGCAUGCUUCCUGAUUGCUUCACCUUUGGGAGUGUUUUGAGAGUCUUGGCCGGAGACAGUGGUUUGGUGAGGAUUAGUCAAAUGCAUGGAUUGAUAAUGCAACUGGGUUUUGGAUCACACGAGAGUUUAAGUGGAUCGCUGAUCAAUGGGUAUGCAAAAUGUGGGAAGGCAGAGUCUGCUCAUAGAAUAUACAGGAGUAUGAUAAAAAAGGACAUUAUAUGUUGCACUGCACUAAUUACUGGAUAUGCAAGAGAAGGUAACUACAGCGUUGCUGUUCUAGACCUCUUCAAAGAACUAACUGUUAUGAACAUGAGACUGGAUGGUGUCAUUUUGUGCUCCAUGCUUAGUAUCUGUGCAAAUGUUGCUUCAUUGAUCUUGGGAAGACAAAUCCAUGCACUUAUGUUGAAACACCAACCUUGUCUUGAUGUAGCCAUGGGAAAUGCUCUUGUUGAUAUGUAUGCAAAGUGUGGAGAAAUUGAAGAUGCCAGCCAUGCAUUUGAGGAGAUGGAGGAAAAGAAUGUCAUCUCAUGGACGUCGCUGAUUUCUGGAUAUGGAAGGAAUGGCCGUGGAGAAAAGGCUAUUGCAUUGUAUAAAAGGAUGGAUCUUGAGGGAUUGAAGCCUAAUGAUGUUACGUUCUUGUCUCUUCUCUUUGCUUGUAGCCAUACUGGAUUGACAAAUGAAGGUUGGGAAUGCUUCAACACUAUGCUUAGCAAAUAUAACAUCUUACCUCGAGCUAAGCAUUUCUCCUGCUUGGUAGAUCUUUGUGCACGUGCAGGUUUGCUAGAAGAUGCUCAUAAUUUGAUACAGGAUAUGAAUAUCAAGCCUAAUGCUUCACUUUGGGGAGCCAUUCUUGGGGCAUGUAGCACCUAUGGCAAUAAGUCACUUGGAAAAGUGGCAGCAAUGCAUCUUCGUGAUAUUGAUCCCGAGAAAUCGGUUGACUAUGUUGUUCUUGGAAGCAUCUAUGCUGCAUCUGGUGCUUGGGACAAUGCUUUGGAGACACGAGGUAUGGUAGAUAAGAGAAGUAUGAAAAAGGAACCUGCACACAGCCUUUUACAGUCCACAACUUGUAAAUCAUUGCUCCUUCAGCCAUCUUAAGACAGUAAAACUAGCUAAAUUACUUUUUAAUCUGCAAAGAGGGGCACUGAUUUAUUAUCCCUCUGAUCAUGUGGAUCCUCUGUCUAUGCUCGAAGAGUUAGUGUAUCCCUUAGGAUAUUAUUGUUCUUUGAUGACGCGGAGCUGUUUCAUUAUUUCUGAACAAUCAGGUAUAUAUACUUCCUCAAAAUUGUGCAGUUCCGUAUUCGUGUGUCUUUUUCUGCUCCAGGAGGGGCUUCAUAUAAGUCUGCACUGAACUUUGACAUAUUGAUAUUGUCAGUAUCGUAUAUUUCACAAUAUUUUCUUGCUAAAUGCUAUAAAAGCUGAUCAUAAAAUACUUGGUCCCUUAUUCAGUUAUGAGUCACUUUGGUCAUCAUCGUAAAUUUAUAUCAUAUGAGAGCUUCCAAGGUUAUUCUUGUUUCUGUGAAAAUAUAAAUUUUGUCGUAGGUCCAUGAGAGGCUUUAAGAAUUCAUGCUUGUCGCCAUUCAGGUGCUCCCCAGAUUCUACUGCGCUUUUGAAGAAGCAUAACAUGGACAGGCUUGCAGAAGCUUAGUGGACUAGAUUGUGAUAGCCCUGAAAAGAUGCAGCUUGUGAGCUCUGUGAGAGUUUACAGCUACUCCUGUUUGAAAGCCUUUCAUCUAGAAGUACCUGAAAGAGCCUGUGGAAGGAGGGUACCAAUAGGAAGGCAAGUGUGUCCAGAAUUUCAUUUUUUUCCCAUCUCCCUCUACCCAUAUUAAACCUUGCUUUAGAAGUUUGGCACCGUGUGAAACACCUCUCCAGGUGGAUGAGCAAUUUGUCGGAGGCAUAUAAUUUACAUCAUAUAAUGACAUCUUCUUUAAGUACUUGGCAGAGUAGAUUUAAGCCCACAAACCUGAGUCGUGUUGGAAGAGUCUCUAGCUUGUCUUGGCUAGCAUUGCUCGAUUCAUGUCUGAGGUCUUCUUGUUCCCUAAGCCACCAAGAGUUUUGGAUCCACCCUUCCAUGAUUUUUUCUUUUCAGAUGUUCUUCCAAGAUGAAUGGUCCCUACUUUUUGCAAUGUAGUUAGCUCUCUGAUACGUAUUGAUAGUCUUACUCCAGAAAAGUGCCAUCAAGUUUAUUAAACUUCAGAACGGCAGCUUAACCAUCAAGGACGGCUAAUGCAUCGAGUUCUGAAGCUUAAUUUCUGUGUGGCUGGAUCAGACUUGUGAAUUCCCUCUGUACAAGACAUGACUUCGGGCGCAAGUUAUCAAUCAUAGUCCUUAGAGGAUAUGCUAUAACUUUGUGCUUAUUGCUUAAGUUCUUAUUCUAGGAGAUAAGAACAUUGAUGAAUUAGGUCAGGAAGAAAAGAUAUACCACUCUUUGGAUUUACCAUAUUACACACUCAUUUGGAUUGAAAUGUUAAAUUUAACAGAACGCAUGCAAUUGGCAGUUUUCGUCAAGUUUGUGCAAAUUUUGAUAAUUGUGCCUGAAAAUUAUUGAAAAAAACGACAUUAUUGUCAGAAUGAAUAUAUUUAAUUAAUAAAAAAAGAGAAUAUAUACA